AUGUGCAAAAAGAACUUCAUGCGUGGCCUGCAGAACGCUAAAAACAUCCUAAAUAGCUUGGAACGCAGUCUACAGAAGACCAAGAAAUAUGAGAAGAAACUGACAAAAUGCAGGGCGUCUCACUCGCACUUACACGACAUCAACGAAUGGUGGGAAAGUGACGUGUCGGAAGAGAAAUCCAAAUGCACCCUGAAAUCAUCGCGAAGUCAAGUUGACCUAGCCGAGUCUUGGUCGACAAUGAGCAUAGUGUGCUUGCAGUAUCAAUACGAAGAACUAUCAAAACGGUACUCGUCCCUACUACAAGCUUACAACGAGCGUUGUAGUUCUCUAAGCGCCCGCGAGACGGCGCUGGGGCGGCUGCGCCAGCGUGUGCGGACUACACAUGAACGACUUGCUCACGCGCACCGCACGCUGCUUAUGAUCGGCGAGAAAUACCUAGCAUUGCGGGACAAGAGAAUCGCGCAAAAAGCGGAAUACGAAGAGAAGAUAUCUCAGCUACGGCGAGCGGUGUGCGAAGUAGUGGCGGCGGCGGAACGCGCUCGCUUGGAACUUGACGCCCAGAUCGCCGACAGUAUGGCCGCUGAGAAGGACGCCGCCACUGCCCUGCUGCUUGACGAGUCCGUUACCGGGGUUCGCAUCGGCACUCCUCGUUUGAGAUGCAAGCAUUCAAGCAGCAAGAAUUCAUUACCUCCUGAUUUACGUCUAUUCCGGGUCGUUGUUGUGGUGGGCUCUGAUGUGGCUACCGAAACUGAACUUCGACUUCCUGGCACAUAA